AUGAAGGCAAUAUGCUUCCCAUGCCUUGGACCCGGAUUUCCGACCAUUACCAGCUGCUUUCUGGGUCUUUUGGCCAGGAAGGAACCCAAGAAGGAGGAAGGGGGCCACGCCUGUUGGCUGCAGGCGCCUUCCACUUUCCUCGUACGACACAAUGCAGACAUGCCAAAAAGAGGGGGAUUUGCGCCUUCUGGGUCCGCUAUGCGCAUGUGCAUGUGUCCCCAGGCUUCGCAUGCAGCACCUUGUGGUCCUCCCUCUCUGUGUUCCUCCAGAGUCCACUCAAGUCGGUCGUGGGCUCGUGGCUGGGAAGGAACUAUGGGAUCCCGCGGGCAGGUGAGAAGCAGCGAGUUCAAGAUGGAAGGAGCAAUCAGCCAAGCACCCAAUGGAAGUACGGUAUCCGUACCUGGCCUUUCUGUGUACGGAGUAAUAACAGCAAUUGAACGCGAAGCGAGAGCGCAGGUCAAGGCCCAGGUCCAGGUCCAGGUCCAGGUCCAGGUACAGGUACAGGUCAGGGCCCGGUCUGGGUGCUUGUGA